AAACAUUGUAAACAAUAUAAUAAAUGAUAGAGAAGUCCCUGCAGGUGUUUUCUGCCAUGUCAGCGGGUGCAGGGCCGGGCCGGGCCACUACAUCCACAGCCGCUGAUACCGGCCCCGUCCUAAACCGGCCCGAACUGUCCAAACCCGGGCCCGGGCCACUACAUCCACAGCCGCUGAUACCGGCCCGAACUGUCCAAACCCGGGCCUGGCCACUACAUCCACAGCCGCUGAUACCGGCCCGAACUGUCCAAACCCGGGCCUGGCCACUACAUCCACAGCCGCUGAUACCGGCCCGAACUGUCCAAACCCGGGCCCGGCACAUUGGUGCAGAGCCACACCAUGACCACCAAUACCUCAACCUCUGAGGAGAUUUAGAAAACUACCCAGAGAUAGACACAACAUGCUGGAGUAACUCAGCGGGACAGGCAGCAUCUCUGGAGACGUUUCGGGUCGAGACCCUUUUUCAGACCGAACUAACCAGCCUGAAGAAGGGUCUCGCCGCCCUGCCCACGCUCACAUCUCGCUGCAACCAUCGGGAAGAAGGUUCUGGAAUCUGACAACCGUGACCUCCAGGUCCAAGAGCAGCUUUUGCCCAGCGACCACCAGGCCCCUGCACAACACUAACCUCGGCUUCAGUUUGUGCUCCGUUUACUUGAUAUCUCGAUAGGACAAGUUUCGAGGGAUAAGGGCCAAAGGCCUGCAGGUGGGACUAGUGUAGAUAGACACAAAACGCUGGAGUAACUCAGCGGGUCAGACAGCAUCUCUGGAGACUAGUGAUGAUGGGACAUAUUGGUCGGUGUGGGCAAGUUGGGCCGAAGGGCCUGUUUCCAUGCUGUGUAUCUGGUAAUGUGGCGCAUUAUUGAUUGUUUUGGAUUUAUUUCUGUUGUUCGUCAAGCAGCAGCGAGUCAGAAUGGCGGAGUUCCGGUCCUGGUGGAUACAACAAUUAAACACUUGGCUCUCAUCCGCUGCUGAUAAACUGCGCCGCGUCCACACGACAUUCACAUAGAUUUAUGCUCAGCCCGAAGGUUGCCACUGAUUUCCAUCACUGAUAACGCUGUUUACCAGGGUCCUUAACCUGGAUAAUGAAAUCAUUCUGAACCUGCCCCACAGCGCUGAUGUACUCACAGCGUAUAAAUGCCACAGCAUUGGUCCUCUGUUGCAGAGCGCUCUCUCCUUCCAGCACGGCCUAGUGGGUAACCAGUGGUCACUCUGCUGAGCCGCUGGUCAGUGCAGUGCAGUGGUCACUGUAUGUCCUCUGGGCAGAGCCAGUGGCCACGACAGACUGGCUGGGGAGUGCAGUGGUCAGUGCAGAUUCCCUGGGCAGUGCCAGCGUGCCACGGUGAGGAUGGCACAGGGUGCUGACGGGUACCAACUCUUCAACCCUCGGGCUUACCUACAGAACAAUUACACGUCGCCCAGGGCAAACUUUGAGCGGGAGGACAGCGUUGUGCCAUGGAAACUCCGCUGCUUCGCAGCCUCGUUCUCCACAGGGGAGAUCCGAGGGGCGACGCUGCUGGACAUCGGCUCCGGACCCACCUUCUACCAGGUGAUCAGCGCCUGUGACUGGUUCGGCUCCGUCAUCAUGUCUGACUAUCUGGAGGUGAACCGGGAGGAGCUGCGGCGCUGGUUGCGCGGGGAACCCGGUGCCUUCGACUGGAGCCCCUUCAUCAAGUACGUGUGUGGCCUGGAGGGCAAGAGGGACCAGUGGCAGACGAUGCAGCAGCGGAUGAGGGAGAGGAUUAAGGAGGUGUACCACUGCGACAUCACGCAGUUGCAGCCGCUGCAGCCGCGACUGCUGGAGCCGGUGGAUGCCAUCACCACCACCUUCUGUCUGGAGUCGGUGUGCCGGGAUAAGGAGGCGCUGCAGCAGGCGCUGGCCAACAUCACGUCGUUGCUGAGACCCGGCGGCUCGCUGCUGAUGGUCGGCGCGCUGGGCGAGUCCUAUUACCUGGCGGGCGAGGCCAAGCUCCCCGUGGUCCCGCUCGAUGAGGCUUAUGUGCGGGAGGCGGUGGGCAACGCUGGGUACAACAUCCGCGUCUUCAAAACCUACAACAUGCCGCCCGAGCUACAGACCGGCGUGGACGAUGUGAGCGGCGUCUUUUACCUCCAGGCUCAGAAGCUGUGAGCGGCGCUACCCUCUCUCCCAUUCACAAUGCAGGGAAAGAGUAUAUACUCCCCUUAGACCACUCUGCCCAUCCCCUGCCUGCAAUCCCAUCUGUCUCCUCCCCCUUUCCUAGGUUCCCUCCACCCCUGCAGUCUGCUCACGUAUCGGCUCUUGACUGGAUAGCAAAUGCUUUCCACUGUACCUCGGCGCACACGUAA